GCACUGGUUCACCCCAGCAGCUCAGAACUUCUCUUCCGACUUGGCCAUCAGCCCCCCUCCCCCACCCCUGAUGGGAACUGGAAGGCCAAAGUCUGCUCCAAGCCUGCAGGACUCAGGAGGGGGCACGAGCAUGGAGCGGCUUUGGGGUCUACUCCAGGGAGCGAAAAGGUUGUCCCCAGUACCCUCUCAGACCAUCUACAAGCAUGUGGAAGGUACCCAGCAGGGGCGACUGCAGGAGGAAGAGGAAGAUGGGGAAGAGGUGGCUGAGCCACCAGCCCACUUCUGUCCCAUGGAGCUGAGGGGCCCUGAGCCCCUGGGCCCUCGACCAGGGCGGCAAAACCUUGGACUCUGGGCAGCAGCAGGACGAAGGGCCAUCCCCUACCUGGUCCUGAUGGCCCUGCUGAUCUUCACUGGGGCCUUCCUUCUGGGCUAUGUGGCCUUCCGAGGGUCCUGCCAGGCAUGCGGGGAUGAUGUGCUGGUGGUCAGCGAGGAUGUCAACUAUGAGACCAGCCCAGACUCCCACCAGGGUACAUUAUACUGGAGUGACCUCCAGGCUAUGUUCCUGCGGCACCUGGGGGAGGGGAGCCUGGAAGACACCAUCAGGCAAACCAGCCUUCGGAAAAGGGUGGCUGGCUCUGCUGGGAUGGCCGCCCUGGCUCAGGACCUCCGCGCUGCGCUCUUGCGCCAGAAGCUGGACCACGUGUGGACUGACACUCAUUACGUGGGGCUGCAGUUCCCGAACCGGGCUCACCCCAACACUUUGCACUGGGCCGGGGAGCCCGGGAAGCAGCUGCCGCUGGAGGACCCAGACGUCUACUGCCCCUACAGCGCCACGGGCAACGCCACGGGAGAGCUAGUGUACGCCCACUACGGGCGGCCGGAGGACCUACAGCACCUACGGGCCCUGGGCGUGGAGCCGACCGGGCGCCUCCUGCUGGUGCGCUUGGGGUUGAUCAGCUUUGCCCAAAAGGUGGCCAGUGCCCAGGACUUUGGGGCCCGAGGAGUGCUCAUAUAUCCUGACCCAGCAGACUUCUCCCAGGAUCCACACAAGCCAGGGUUGUCUAGCCACCGGGCUGUGUAUGGACAUGUGCACCUGGGAACUGGGGACCCCUACACGCCUGGCUUUCCUUCCUUCAAUCAAACCCAAUUCCCUCCAGUCCAGUCCUCGGGCCUCCCGAGCAUCCCAGCCCAGCCCAUCAGUGCUGACAUUGCCUCCCUCCUGCUGAGGAAGCUUGAAGGUCCUGUGACCCCCCAGGAAUGGCAGGGGCGGCUCUCAAGCUCCCCUUAUCGCCUGGGCCCUGGGCCAGGCCUGCAGCUAGGUGUCAACAACAACAGGGUCUCUACCCCCAUCAACAACAUCUUUGGCUGCAUCGAGGGCCGAUCAGAGCCAGAUCACUAUGUUGUCAUUGGGGCUCAGAGGGAUGCAUGGGGCCCUGGAACUGCCAAGUCCGCUGUGGGGACUGCCAUACUUCUGGAGCUGGUGCGGACCUUUUCCUCCAUGGUGAGCAAUGGCUUCCGGCCCCGCAGAAGUCUUCUCUUCAUCAGUUGGGAUGGAGGUGACUUUGGGAGUGUGGGCUCCACGGAGUGGCUGGAGGGCUACCUCAGCCUGCUGCACCUCAAAGCUGUCGUCUAUGUGAGCCUGGACAACGCUGUGCUGGGGGAUGACAAGUUCCAUGCCAAGACCAGCCCCCUUCUGAUAAGCCUCAUUGAAAACAUCCUGAAGCAGGUGGAUUCUCCUAACCACAGUGGGCAGACCCUUUAUGAGCAGGUGGCAUUCAACAAUCACAGCUGGGAUGCAGAGGUGAUCCAGCCGCUUCCUAUGGACAGCAGUGCCUAUUCCUUCACCGCUUUUGCAGGGGUCCCUGCUGUUGAGUUCUCCUUCGUGGAGCAGGAUGGCCAGGCGUACCCAUUCCUGCACACAAAGGAGGAUACCUAUGACAACCUGCACAAGAUGCUGCAGGGCCGCCUGCCGGCUGUGGCUCAGGCUGUGGCCCAACUCACAGGACAGCUCCUCAUCCGGCUCAGCCAUGAUCACCUGCUGCCCCUUGACUUUGGCCGCUAUGGGGAUGUGGUCCUCAGGCACAUCAGCAGCCUCAACGAGUUCUCUGGGGACCUCAAGGCCCGCGGGCUGACCCUCCAGUGGGUGUACUCGGCGCGGGGAGACUACAUCCGGGCAGCAGAGAAGCUGCGGAAGGAGAUCUACAGCUCCGAGGAAAGCGAUGAAAGGCUGAUGCGCAUGUACAACGUGCGCAUCAUGCGGGUGGAGUUCUACUUCCUGUCCCAGUACGUGUCACCAGCGGACUCUCCUUUCCGACACAUCUUCUUGGGCCGUGGAGACCACACGCUGGGUGCCCUGCUCGACCACGUGCGGCUGCUGCGCUCCAGCGGCUCUAAGGCUUUGAGGACUGCCUCCUCUGGGGUGGCGCCCGUCCUGACCUUCGAGGAGAGCCACUUUCGGCGCCAGCUGGCCCUGCUCACCUGGACGCUGCAGGGGGCCGCCAACGCACUCAGCGGAGACGUCUGGAACACCGAUAACAACUUCUGAGAUCCGUGGGGGCUUGAGAUGGGGGUCACAUGCCCCUGCUCCUGGCGGACAGCUUCUGCUCUCUCUGCUUGAGAGGUUUCUGGGUGACUGCACCACCUCUCAAUGCUGACCGAUUACUCAUUAGCCCUUCCUGUCUCUCCUUAGGGCCCAGUGUAAACACCCACACACCCCUGACCCCACAGUGUAGGAGUAGAUGAACAGUGCCUUCCAUAAUGGAUGGUCAUACUGGUCAGCUAAUUAGACAGCAGCAGCUGCUUCAUCAAUCUCAGUCUCUCCCACUUCAGGAGCCACACCCCCCACACCUGGAGACCACGCUGGAAGGUUUCCUAGGCCCUGGGAUCGGGCCAGCUCUAGGAGGGAGAGAUGGCUGGGACCAUAGCCUUAUGGCCAGUAGGUAGCUUGGGGUAGGGGGGCUGGGAUUUGUACUUCAAUAAACUACCUGGGUGUCUGUUGUU